GUUGAAAUAUGAGAAAUGCCGACACAGCAGCGCUGCGUGCUGAAUGGUCCAGCUGUCAGUGUCCACACAGACAGCACACCCUGCUGCACAGCAAAGGCCUCCGGGUCGGUCCCAGCUCUCCACAUGUCCAAAGUCAACAGCGGUUCCACCGGCUGUCGGGCCGUGGUGAUGGCUGGGAAGUACCUGUCUGGUCCCGGCCGAUGCUCUGCGGUGCUCGCCGGGACCUCUGGCCGGCAGCGGGGGCAGAUGCGUGCCACUCAGUGCCGUACAGAGAGCUCCACUGCAGCCCGCAUGGGAGGGCGAACCGCGGCCGCGGGUCAGCAGGAAAGUCCCGGGUAUUACUCCGCCGCUGACCGACACGCGCUGGCAAACCGGAACUUAAUUUACCGGGACGUGAAGGCUUUCCUCAGCGAGGUCGGUGGGGAUCCUCGCGAGGCUCGGUACUGGCUGACCCAGUUCCAGAGAGCGAACUUAUCUCAGUCGCCUGCUUUUGCUGUGCUGGAGGUGGACGACUCGGUAUUCCAAAGCAGGGAGACGGUACAGAGUCUGGCCUUUGGCCUGUCGUUCCUGCAGCGGAUGGACAUGAAGUCCGUGGUGGUGAUGGGCUGCUCCUAUAACCAGGAAUCAGGGUCUGUAGAAGCAGCCGCUGGGUCUUGGAGCACCAGAGGGCUGGUGGAGCGGUGCCAGCAGCUCACUGAAGCUCUACAGCUACACUCAGCAACUGUUCUACCAUUCUUCUCAGCAGAGUCCUUCCUGCAGCUGCAUGAGGCACCACAAAGCAGCAGUGCUCCACACUCCAUUUCUGUGGACAUCAGCCUCCUCCAGUGGAGUCUGGACUGUGGGACCAUCCCACUGGUUUGUCCAGUUGGGAGGGACGGACAUGGAUGCUCGUUGGUGCUGGACCCAACGGAGGUCACGGCAGCCAUUUCCCGAGCCCUGCAGCCCCUCAAAGUCAUGUUUCUGAACAAUUCGGGAGGCCUGCGGGGCGAAAAGCACAAGGUACUGGACACGGUGUCACUGCCCACUGACCUGCCUGGUCUGUCUGCAGCAGAGUGGCUGAGCCAAGUGGAGCGCCGCAGGCUGACCACCAUCGCCAGACUGCUAAAUCAGCUACCAACAGAGUCCUCAGCUGUGAUCACCUCUGCAGACACUCUGCUGACUGAGCUCUUCAGCCACCGGGGUUCCGGCACACUUUUCAAAAACGGCGACCCCAUACACAGGUACACCUCUCUGGACGAGAUCGACGUGGAGCGUCUGCUGACUCUCAUCAACAAGUCGUUCGAUAAAACUCUGAGGCAGGAUUAUGUGGAGUCUUUGAAGGGACGGCUGCACUGCGUCUACCUCUCUGAAGGCUACAGUGCAGCGGCCAUCAUCACCAUGGAGCCCGUCAACGGUGGGACCCCCUACCUGGACAAGUUUGUGGUGAGCAGCAGUAAGCAGGGGCAGGGCACCAGCCACAUCCUGUGGGAGUGCAUCCGACAGGAUUUGGGCAAGCUGUUCUGGAGGUCAAAGGCCACCAACAGGAUCAACCCAUGGUACUUUAAGCACUGUGACGGCAGCUUUGUAAACGGAGUGUGGACCGUCUUCUGGUUUGGCCUGACGGACAUCAGAGACUCGUACGCGCUGGUGGAGCACGCCAAGAGCCUCCCCGACUCAUUCCAAAGCUGCCGCCUCACCUCCAGCCAGCUGCCUCCUGCUCCUCCAGCUGCUGCUUCCUGAACUCCUGCUUCUCAGUCGAUGGUUUUUGUGGCAGUUCAGCUUUGGAGACCAAUUACAUAAUCAAUGACUAGAUUCUGAUUUUGGAAGUUUUCUUCUUUCCUGUGCUUUUUCCAAAAAAAAAAAAAAAAAAAAAACACUUGCUGCAAAAUUCUUUAGCAUUUUGGACUUACAAAAUAUUUGGCUCAUAAAAAGAAAAAAAAUAGUGAUAAAAUUACAAAAAUAAAGUCAAAAUAAUCUGAGAAUAAAGUCAUAGUAUUAGGAAAAGAAAGUCAUAAUAUUACGGGAAUAAAGUUGAUAUAAUAGGAAAAUGAAGUUGUGAUAAUAUAAUAUCAAAGUCACAAUAUAUUGAAAAUAAUGUGGUAAUAUUAUAAAUUUAUUCUCAUAUUAUUUCAACUUUAUUUUUGUACAACUUAUCCUAAAGUAAAACUGGGAACAGAUUUAAAAUAUGGAUUUACAUGAAAGCUCCAAAGGUUUUGAUUACUAAAAGAAAAAUAUCACCCAGCUACUUUGCAAUGCAGUCUCCAGAACUGAAAACAAAAAAACAUCUCAUCUUAAAGCACUUGGGUGUCAUUAAAGUGGGUUUUUUGCACA